CGGGGGGAGCAGGAGGUGGCGGCGCUGAGGGCUCGGAGCAGGAGGCGGAGGGCGGCUCGGAGCCACGGCCGCGCUGCCCUGCCCGGGACCCUGCGUGCUGUGGCGGCCGGCGCCGAGCCAGACCCCCGGCGGGCGCGGAGCAGACGAGCUGAGGGACGCUCGCCGCCACCUUUCCCAGCGCCAGGAGCCGCGCCGUCCCCGCCGCCGCUGGGACUCCCUCCCCGGGCAGAGCGGGGGAGAAUGACGGAGCUCCAGUCCGCCUUGCUACUGCGGAGACAACUAGCAGAGCUCAACAAAAAUCCAGUGGAAGGCUUUUCAGCAGGCUUAAUAGAUGACAAUGACCUUUAUCGAUGGGAAGUCCUCAUUAUUGGUCCUCCAGAUACACUAUAUGAAGGUGGUGUUUUCAAGGCUCAUCUUACUUUUCCAAAAGACUACCCACUGAGGCCGCCAAAAAUGAAAUUCAUCACAGAAAUCUGGCAUCCGAAUGUUGACAAGAACGGCGAUGUCUGCAUUUCAAUUCUUCAUGAGCCUGGGGAAGACAAAUAUGGCUAUGAGAAACCUGAGGAACGCUGGCUUCCCAUUCACACAGUGGAAACCAUCAUGAUUAGUGUUAUUUCUAUGCUGGCAGAUCCCAAUGGUGAUUCUCCUGCUAAUGUUGAUGCAGCGGUCUCCAAUUGAGAAACAUGGCACUGUUUUUUUUCCUGCACUCUACCCACCUAUUGCUGGACUUCUGUUGUUACAAGUUGGCAAACACUGGCUGGAACUGGGCUGCAAUAAAACAUGCCAGUUAUCAAUGCUGACAAGAGCCUAACAAGUGCCAACACAAGAUGAUUACGCAUUUUGAAAUCUAAUGAACUGCUUUAACCUUCAGGAAGAAUUGUAAAGAUGUGUACAUAGCACAACAUGAUCCGGAUAAUAUAUAUACUGUUCAUGUACAUCCACAAAUACACAUUGUACCAAAUAAUGCUGUCUGUAGUUAGGGAUAGAAUUGUGUAAAUUCUAAAGAUUUUAGCAGGUUUUUUCUCUCCCUGUUCAUUGUUUCCUGAGUUAAAAAAAAAAACAACAACUUGUGAAGCAUGUCAAAACCAAUUAGGAUACUAAGUUGGUUUUUUUGGUUUUGUUUUUUUUCCUCCCACUUUAAUUUUCCUUUGACCCACCAAGGCUUAAUUAAAAUUUCUUGCUUAUUAAAGUUUAGUAUCUCCUUUUUUCUUUUUUUCUUUUUUUUUUUUUUUUUUUUUUUUGGACAUGUGGUCCCUUUUAUUUCCCCCAUCAGAACUUACAAUUUUCCUAAUUAAACCCUGAAAGGAUUUGCUAUCAAUUACUUGUGGCUUCUUUUAUGAUGACCUUUGUAGUCUCAAAGGUGCUUUUUUUUCUUCCCACCCCUUUUUUAAACCCAAUUACUCAUCUUUCUUGAAUUUGGUAUAGCAAUAAAACUGGCCAUGGAGCACCCUUGAGCAGCCUGCUGGAUUUUUAACUUCUAAGAACUUGAGUGCUUUCACUUGGAAGUUUGGUUGACUAAGUUAGUCCAAGAUAGGAAUGAGCUGCUUUUUAUGGGUGAAAUUUUUGGUUUGCCUUUUUCAUUGCCUGUUUGUGGGAUGGGGUGUGUGGGGGGGAGGCUUGUUUUUUCUCAAGGUUGAGUUCAAGCAUGCACAUCUGUAGGCUUUCAAAUGACUAACUUCUGGGUUUGGUAUCAAAAAUAGUUUCCCUCCUUUACUCUUUUCUGUGGCCCUUCAUCUGCUUUGCCUUCUACUUCAGAGUUUUCCUCACCUAAUGUACAAAGAAAAUGGCGAUGUAUAUUUUCAUGUAAUUUGAUUUUUGGAAUUCUGUCACCUUCUGUAGUGAGUUCUUCCAAAAUAUAAUUUUUUCCAAUAA